AUGCUGGCGGGGAACACCAUGUCCUCUGCGGAACCAAUUCCCUCUCCUCCGCAUGGACAUGGUCUUGGCCACUCUCGAGGUCGCGGCCACACCCGCCGCUCGACGCCGCUCUCCCAGUCGAUCUCCUAUGCCCUACCCGCAGCCCAGCAGCAGCCAGUUACAGAUGCGGAUGGCUUGAACGGUCACGCUGAGAACUCAAAGCCGGGAGCACACCAUCAUUCGCACUCCCAUACUUCCAUCCACCACGAUCAUUCGGAGCUGCCGUCCGUUGGCCACGGCCACAAGAGCCUCGUGAUACAAGCGGAGGCUACCCCAAACCAGUUCAAUGAGAUAGUUGCAGGGCUUAUGAUUGCGUUACCAUGGAUCGCCCUAUCGUGGUUCUACGAACACUAUGCGCAGUGGACGCGACCAGAACCCACCUCGACCUCGUCCGUUGGAAAUCUCGAUCGCGUUAUCUCACGGACAUUUGGAUUAACCGCCGCAACGCUGAUAGUGUACGGAGGUUGGGCUUUGGCCCGUCUGAACCUGCGCGGUGAGGGUGAAUACGCGCUAAAGAAGCUCAAAUUAGACCCUUCAACGGGGACCGCAGCACUCAGCCAAAUAUUUUCAAUUGCAUUGCCGAUUUAUGCAACUCUUCAAGUGGGCGGGUUUCUCGUCGCAUUCGCUUUGGCAGUUGCAGUGGGCUCCGGACUGCCAACAGUUUUUCGCGAUCAUACUGCGCCUACCGAUGAUAAAGGGAGGCGAAGUUUCAAGAAGCUCACUGCCGCUCUUGUCCCUACUGUCGUGGUGCUGAGCUUUUUCGGCAUGAACUCAUUAUGGAAUCGCACACCGUUUUUUGGAUACAUCGCCUUACUUGCCUCCGCCUUUAUCAUUCGGCCUCCUUUCCCAUCAGCGCCUAGCCCAACCCCCGAAAAAGGCAAUGGACUUGGAAUUUCUAUCCCCGGGCAUCUCAAUGGAUCAACACAGAGCCUCUCUCACCCAGCCCAGCCAUGCCUUGACCCAGCUAUGGCUACUCUAUCCGGCCUUGUUUUGGGAUGUUUGACCCUUCUCAGUACAAGGACUUUCUCUUUCGGUGCUUCUGAUAUCGUGUACUUAUCAGCAGUUGCGGGCACCAUGGCCACAUGCAUAACGUAUCUAGACCUUAGUCAUGUAUAUUCCCCUAGCAAAAUCGGCGUUGCAAUUGCCAGUGGGGGCGCUGCGUUGCUUUGUUCACCACCUGCUCAGGAUGACAUUUAUAUUGUUUAUAUUAUUCGGGCUUUGCUAGCUACUACGUCUUUCUUUGCCGCGAGGUUUGACGACAAACGUUCCAGAUCUGACGACCAUACUCACCAUCACCAUUCAGCUUCGGAAUCUUCAUCGGCAACGAAGCUUAUCCUCCGUUACAGCGAGCCCUAUCCACUAUUGUACAGCAUCCUCAAGGAGCGCGAUUCUCGCCGCAUAUUUUACUUCAUGACAUUAAACUUUGGCUUCAUGCUGGUCCAACUAUCCUACGGUUUCGCAACUGGCUCCCUUGGGCUACUUAGCGACAGCAUACAUAUGUUCUUCGAUUGCCUUGCUCUUGUUGUUGGACUAUGUGCCUCUGUUAUGAGCAAGUGGCCUCCGAGCACUAGGUUCCCUUACGGUUAUGGUAAGGUAGAUACGCUUUCGGGGUUCGCGAACGGAAUUUUUCUCAUGAUUAUCAGCGUCGAGAUUAUAUACGAGGCAGUCGAGAGACUUUCCUCAGGCAGUCAGAUGCAUCGUCUUGGGGAGCUCCUGGCCGUCAGUGUAGCCGGUCUUCUCGUUAACCUUGUUGGAAUUAUGGCUUUCGACCACGGGCACGCACAUGGCCACGAUCAUGGACACGACCAUUCUCACGGAAAUGAGAACAUGCACGGGAUCUUCCUCCACAUUCUAGCGGAUACCCUCGGAUCCGUUGCGGUUGUUAUCUCAACUAUCCUAGUUCAUUAUUCUGGCUGGUCAGGGUAUGACCCUAUUGCAUCUUGUAUGAUUGCGAUCUUGAUUUUUGCCUCGGCUAUCCCAUUGGUGAGUAGCACAGCCAAGAGCUUAUUGCUCACUCUGCCGGCUGAUGUGGAAUACAACGUUCGUGACACCCUGUCUGGCGUCAGUACCCUAAGAGGCGUUGUCAGCUACACCGUUCCCAAAUUUUGGUUGGAUGACUCGGAGGCAAAACAUUCAGGGCAUGAUCACGGCCACAGUCAUAGUCACACUCACGAUCAUAGCCAUAGCCAUCAUCAUGACCAUGACCAUGACCAUGAUCAGUCUCACGCCCACACCCACAGUCACGGCCACGAUCAUGAUCACGACCACGACCACGACCAUGCCCAAGAAAAACGCAAGUCACCAGUCCUCGGCGUGAUUCAUGUCAUAGCUUCCCGCUCAGCAGACCUGGAUGAUGUCAGGCAACGUACGGUUGAAUUCCUGCAAGAAAAGGGGAUGGAUAUCCUUGUGCAGGUUGAACGUGAAGGCGAGGGACGCUGUUGGUGCGGCGGAGGAGUCAACGGAAAUGGAGGAGGCAAUCUCAAGGCUUCCUGA